UAGCUAUGAAGUUAAAUACCAAACAGAAGGUCCUUGUACUGCCUAUAGCAGCUGCAAAUCUUAAAUAUCAAACAAAAGAUCCUUUAUUUUCUAUAGCAGCUAUGGAGUCUAAAUACCAAAAGUGA